GCUAAAUUGAAGUCAGGAGGAGAAGACGAAAGACAGGUCGAGAACGAAAUGACGAAGGGACAGGGUGGUCGUAUUGUUACCUGGCAAGGGGAGGGUCCUUUCCCCGAAAUUCCGAACGUCAAUUACGCGUCUUAUUUGCUCUCAAACCUACCAGAGCACAGCGGAAGUUCCAAGGCUUUGGUAGAUGCAAUAACGGGCAACUUCUACACCUACGAGGAUCUACUGCGCAUCAUACCUGCAAUGCGCAAUGGCCUGGCUGCCUCCGGAGUACGUCCCGGCGAUAAGGUGAUGCUCAUCACGUACAACCACAUCGAUAUGGUUCCCGUCGCUUUCGCCAUCAUGCUCCUGGGCGCUGUUUGCGUGCCCGUGAAUCCUGGGAUGACGAAAGAGGAACUGAGACACAUCUUCGGCAUAAGCGAGGCGAAAUGGGUCAUAUCGCACGAGAAAGUCGUUCAAAAGGUGGACGAUUUCUUCAAGGAAGCGCUUUCGCCGAACGCCCUCCGGAAGCUGUGGGUCAUUGGGGAGAAGACGUCGACGCGACCUCACGUCAGUGACCUCAUGACCUCCUCGGCUCCUGAGCCUAAAUAUACGGAAGGGGCAUUCGACGCCGCUGAGACCGUCGCACUGAUGCCCCUGUCCUCUGGCACCACGGGCAUGCCGAAAGGUGUCAUGCUCUCCCACCGGAAUCUGGUAUCUACCAGGGUGCAAGAUAAAUUCAUGGCGGAUCAGACCCCAUCGAUAGGCCUAAACCUCUUCGAGUCGAGUUUAAUCUUCCUCCCGAUGUACCACCUGAUGGGCUUCAACCUAACCAUCAUCACUCUCUUCACCGGAGGGAGAGCUGUCAUCCUCCCGAGAUUUUCUCCCGAGCUGUUUUUCAGGGCGAUCGAAGAGCACCAGGUGACAUUUGCACCCGUCGUCCCUUACGUCCUGAGGUUCCUCGAAAACACGUCUCAUGUGGAAACCAGAGACCUGUCCUCCCUCCUGAUGUUCGGGACGGCCUCGGAGUACGUGUCUGCAAGCACUUUGGAAAACGUAACCAAAAAGAGUGGAAGGAUAAUUGUGCAGGGGUACGGAUUGACUGAGACCAGUGGCGCAGGGUCUGGCGUCACUCCUGACCUGACUGACAGGCCGCGUUGCAUCGGAAAGUUCGGUCCUUUCUUCCAAGCGAAGGUCAUAGACCUCCAGACUGGCGAGAUUUUAGGAGACGGCCAAGAAGGAGAGCUGUGUCUCAAGGGACCUGCGAUCAUGGUAGGCUACGCCAACAACGCAGAAGCCACGGCCGAGACAAUUGACCCGGAGGGAUGGCUCCACACGGGCGACGUUGUCUACUUCGAUGAAGAGGACGUCUUUUACAUUACAGGGAGGAUCAAGGAUCUAAUCAAGGUCAAAGGAUAUCAGGUUGCUCCAGCAGAACUGGAAACUAUCAUAAAGGAAAUGAACGGUGUCGAAGAAGUAGCCGUGGCGGGGAUUCCAGAUAAGCGCUUUGGCGAAGUGCCCAGGGCCUGGAUAGUGCCAGUGAAAGGUGCCACCAUCGAUAAAGAGGCCAUCAUGAAGAAUGUUGCAGCACGAGUGAUGCCGUACAAGGUGCUGGCGGGAGGGGUGGAGAUCGUGGAUUCCAUCCCCAAAAAUCACAUCGGCAAAGUCAUGCGGAGACACCUGAGGCAAUCUUACGAAGCCGCGCGCUCCAAGCUAUGAUCGAAGAGGAUUAGAAGCUUCAAGUGUAGUUUGUGCAGAUUUACAUUUAUUGUUGGUUCUUCCUUAUAUACUAAUGGAUGCAAUGUACUUCUAGUAUUCUUGGUAUCAAUAUUUUGUGGCUAAAAAUAUUUUGCUUCUGUGAGAACACUCAUCAAAGUAAAACUACAGUAGAUUCACAUCUACCGUGCAUGUGAUGUCUAGGCCAGUCCCUUACGACGCUCGUGAUUGGUUGUUGAUAAGUCAAUCACAGGGCUGAUUCUGGAAACUCUCAGUCUCUCGAGAGAGUUCACAUAGGCAGGAUGUAUGUUCCACCUCUCCUGAGGGAUAUCCCUGUGAUUGGCUUAUCAACAACCAAUCACGAACGUCGUAAGGGACUGGCCUAGACAUCACAUGCACGGUAGAUGUGAAUCUACUAUAGUUCACCAAAGAAGGACAUGACACUAGGCAUAUUUUCCUUUUCAUUUCUGUCGUCUCAGGACUUCACAAUUUCUUCGGCUACUGGUACCAUGUUUUAGUUGUCGACCUUUGUUACUAAGCAUCUAACGCUCCUUGGCAUUCCAAAUAAAGAUGGGGUUAAUAUAUCUAUUUCAGUACCAUUGAACACAGAUUUGGGGACAGUCAGCUAGCUGCUAGGCACUGAUGCACAUCGUAGUUGAUGCCCCUGUCUCCACACUUUGUUUACCUAAAUGAGGUAUAUUCAUGAUGCUUUUUUUUUAUUGCAUAAUGAACAUUAUUUUAGCAAAAUAAACAACAUUUUGCUUCCUCCACACUGAGUGAUUCCAUGUGGCUCUCGCACAUCUCACGUGCACUCUUACCUGAGUUGAGUGAACCAGAAUCAAAAUUGAUUAGAAACUCAUUCAUCGUGAAUGUGCACCUUCUCCCAGGUAACAUGUUAAUGACUGUUGCAAAAGGUGCAUUUGAAACACUUACCCUGACCAAGUUCUGGUCCAAAAUGAGUGAGACUUAUCCUGUUGUAUCUGCUGUUCUUCUGAACGCUUUGCUGAUAUUUCCUAGUCGUUACCUGUGUGAGCAAAGGUUUUCAACGCUGUUGAACAUAAAAACGAAACAUCGAUCACGGCUUAAUGUGGAGCAUGACCUACGUGUAUGCCUAUCUAAUACCGCUCUUCGAAUUGAACAAAUUCUUUGCAACAAACAGGCACAACCUUCGCACUAAAGUUCAUCAUAUAUUGCUUGGUAAUGAAGUAAAUACUGUUUCACUCCUGUAUGUGUAGUAUCCUUGUAGAAUGUUUGUAAUAUUCAUGCUUCUGCUUAAUAAAGUCAUUAUAACAUAAAAUCA